GAUUAAAUCAGAUUGUGUCUGUCAGAGGAUUAUCUCUCCGCUUUCGGCCGCCUCCAGGUCACUGAGGAAUAAUGGGGCUGUGGAACGUCUUUGUUUCCAUCAAGGACCGAGCAGAAAAGUUUCUUAACGAGAAGAACGUGGUGACGGAUGUUCUGGGGAAGCUGGAGCAGAAGACGGGAAUCAAGAAGAAGGUCAUUGCCCUCGGUGCCGUCUCGCUGACUGGACUUUACCUGGUUUAUGGAUAUGGAGCUUCGCUGCUCUGCAACCUGAUCGGCUUCGUCUAUCCAGCUUAUUAUUCUCUCUCUAACCACAGCGUCUUUUCUGACAAACCCACUGGAAUGAUUUGCAGGUGGCGUCGUGUCAGUUGCAUCUUUUUGGGAAGAAAUGUGGGAAAUAGUUCUGGAUAUUUUCCUGGUGUUUGUUUCCAGUGUUUGUUCCUGUUGUGGUGCAUGGCUCCGAUGUCGUGGAACGGCUCCCAGAUCAUUUACAACAAAGUGGUUCGGCCCGUCUUCCUCCGCCAUGAGGCCACGGUGGACAACAUGGUGAGCGACCUGAGCGGGAAGGCCAUGAGCGCCGCCGAGAACCUCACCAGAGAAGUUCUAUCCACUCUGGUGAAGAACAAAACUCUGGUGACACCAAUGCCGCCGGUCGCCCCGCCUGAACCGAAGAGUUUACCAAGUUCAACCGGAGAAACAUCAAACGCUAAAGCUGCUCCAAGGGAGCCGAGCGAAGAAGAACGAAGGUUGUUCAGAUAGCAGCAGAGGAAGAGGAAGAUGCUCUGCGAGGAAGAGGAGCAGAGAUGUUUUUAUCCUGAAUGAUCCAAACAGAAAGUGCUCCUUAUGUCACAGAGACUCGGUUAUAAGCCAUAUUUUUGUAGAACAGUGUUGUAUUUAAUCUGAAUUUAUGAUUUGGAGAUCAUUUAUUGUCUUUAGAAAAUCAGACAGAUACUGGAAGUUGCUGUUUGAUCUACAAGCUAAAUGUCAAAACAAGUUCAGGAAAUGAAAUAAAAUCAAAUCCUAUGACUGGAGGUUCCACUUUAUCAACAGUUCAGAUUAAAGAACUGAAUCUAAAAUGAACCAGUUCACUUUGAAUUUCUGCUUCUUAUUUGCUUCUCUGAAAUGCUGUCAAUUUAUCUGAUACCUUUUCUGCUUUUACUUUACAAUAAGUCAGACCACAGGCAUCCAGAAACUUUGUAUUGAAAAACAAACUUUGACUCAUGCAUUCAUUGAACUCUGUUAGUACGGAAGA